CCUCGACAUCCUAAACCCUCAUCUGAUUUCCUCACUCUCACUCUCCCUCUCCCUCUCCCACAGUCCCAUUCCCCCAAAAAUGGUUCAAACCCUAGUCCGAGCCAUUGCCAUGGCCGCCGCCGCAACCACCACCACCGCCUCUCGCCACUCCGCAAUCUCUCUCCUCGUACCCAAACGUCUCUUCUCCACAUCCAGACUCACCCAGCCUCCCUCCGUCCCAUCUCUUAUACUCGGCCGUCGCUCUCUCGCCCCGCUCUCGCAUGCCGUCCGAUUACCCACCGCCACCACCCGGUACACUCCGAUCCGCUGCCGGGUGAACCGCUCCGGUGGUUCUUACUCGCCCCUUAACUCCGGUUCAAACUUCAGUGACCGUCCACCCACUGAAAUGGCCCCGCUUUUCCCGGGAUGCGACUAUGAGCACUGGCUCAUAGUCAUGGACAAGCCCGGAGGUGAGGGUGCUACAAAGCAGCAGAUGAUCGAUUGCUAUGUUCAGACCCUGGCUAAAAUCCUUGGGAGCGAGGAAGAAGCGAAGAAGAAAAUUUACAAUGUGUCCUGCGAGAGGUAUUUUGGUUUUGGUUGUGAGAUUGACGAGGAGACCUCGAAUAAGCUUGAAGGCAUGCCUGGUGUUCUUUUUGUGCUUCCGGAUUCAUAUGUUGAUCCCGAAUAUAAAGACUACGGGGCUGAGUUAUUUGUGAAUGGAGAAAUUGUUCAAAGGUCGCCUGAAAGGCAGAGGAGGGUGGAGCCACAGCCCUCGAGAGCUCAGGACAGACCAAGAUACAAUGACAGAACCCGAUAUGUGCGCCGAAGGGAAAAUGUGCGGUAAAAUAAAUGCAAGGCCAGUUAUGUACAUAUAUCUAUGGUGAAGAAAAAGGUUGUUUGCCUUGGUAGUUGAACUUGUGAGUUGUAACUACGAAAUUGGAUGAUCAUUAUUUGCUGUUCGCAAACCCUUCAGUUGUUAUGGAUAUGGACCUUCAAGGCUUUGAGCAAUGCCAAAACUUGAACAAGUUUAGUAGUUUUAUGUAUGCAAUUUGACACUAUAUAUUAGUGCUCUAGAGACCUUUUGGCCCCAUAUAAAUUAUUAUUUUGCUCCCAUGCCCA